CCUUAACCUCAAAGCCAGUACUCCACUAUUAGAAGCCACCUAGAGAGGAAAAGUAUGAAGCCCAUUGGUCCUCACAUAUUCUUCACUUCCUGUCUUUCUUCCUUGAGCCUCCCAUUCUUCUGUCUUCUUCAUUUCUCUUCCUGCAUGAGUUACUUCCCAUCUUCAUUUGCCACCAAAGAAAUGGAAACAAGCAAAUCAGAUGGGAAAAGAAGCAUAAAUGAAACCGUGUUGGCAGAAGAGGAUGAAAGUGAAGAUGUUGAGGAAGACAACAAGAAGAAGAGAGCAUUGACUGUAUCUGGAAGGAAGCCAUCAUCUGGUGGAGUGGCGGUGGCACAGCUGUUCUGUCAGGUGGAAGGAUGCGGGACGGACAUGAACAAUGUGAAGCCUUACCAUCGCCGCCACAAGGUCUGCGAGGUUCAUGCAAAGGCUCCAUCAGUACUUAUCAAUGGAGUCCAUCAGCGUUUCUGUCAGCAAUGCAGCAGGUUUCAUGAGUUAGAGCAGUUUGAUAAUGCUAAGAGGAGUUGCAGGAGGCGUUUGGCAGGUCACAAUGAGCGCCGACGGAGAGCUACAAAUGAUUCUCAUGCAGAAGGCUCGAGCUAAAGAUAUAGUACCAAUGGGAGACAAUACCAACUCCCUAGUUUGUUUGAACUCAUAAGAAGAUUAUUAGCAUGUGAAGCACAUAACUUAUUGGUGAAAUUUGUGGAGUGAUCUCUAUCUUCUGUCAGCCCUUAUAGUGCAAAACUUCAGUUACAGAUUCUUGCCUCUAUCCAAUCCCAUCUCCCAAUGGGAGGGAUAUAUGGAGAAGAAUAUUAGCAUUUAUAAGGAGUUUACUACUCCAUCCCGUCCAAAAAAACGGUCUUGUUUCAAUAAUUUUUUAUCGCAAAA